AUUUGCCUCUGCCAGCCACACCCACAGGGUCUGCUCUAUAUCUAUGGGCCCAAUUGGAGCUCACCCAUCAUCCCUGAAUUCCAGGACAACCAGCAUUGCGACCGCACAGGAGCCACAACCUAGACUGGGAAAACAUGGGCCUGAAGCUGCUUGUGUCCAGACUAUGUCUCCUUCUGCUGCUGGGACUUGUCCUGAUGGUUGCCUCCUUCCAGAUUCCACCUGGUUUAACCCCUUCCCAGUGGUUUACAAUCCAGCACAUAAGUAAUACUACUACCAUCCAAUGUAAUGCUGCAAUGCUGGGAGUUAACAAUUAUACGGGAAGAUGCAAGGACCUAAAUACUUUUCUUCAUACACGUUUUGCUAAUGUUGUUAAUGAGUGUUACAAUAGAAAUACUACCUGCAAGAACGGAAGAAGAAAUUGUCAUGACAGUCGAUCUAGGGUAUCAAUAACUGACUGUAACCUCACAUCUCCGUCAACAAAUUAUAGGCAAUGCAGAUACCAAAGAACACGAGCCAGGAAGUUCUACAGAAUUGCUUGUAACAACAAAACCCCAAGGGACAAUCCCAACUAUCCAGUGGUCCCAGUUCACUUGGAUGGGACUUUUAUAUAGCUCCAGCACCACCACUUUGUACCUUUGCUCAUCAGCUAGUGCCAUAGCAAUCCUAGUGCUGAAGAACCAAUUCCUCAGCUGUGCUGCCUAUCAGGACCUGUCCUCAUGAAACCUGUCCCUGGCUCCUUCAAAUUUGGCUGAACAGAUCCUUCCUAAUCAAUAAACACCUUUGCAUACUCA